AUGUUUGAGGUGUACUAUGAGGAAGACGAAGCAAUUGUGGAUAUAGACUGGGGAAGCGACAAUAAAGGAGAACAGAGGCUAUUAGAAGCUCAUCCAGUAGCUCAGCAAGUGAAGCCGAUCCCAGGAGUCUUUCCGGAAGGAGCACAAGUAGUCUGGCAGAUACCGGAGGAUCCAUUGCUCACACUACCGUAUCUAUCUCCGCAUCCGCUAGAGUUUGUGCCAACUAGAAAGUUAAUGAAAGAGCAAUUGGAAGCAAUGAAGAUAAAUGAAGGGGGAUUUCUGUGGCCAGAAGAGGAGAGACUAUUCCAGCACAUAUUCUGCCUGAACGAAGGUGUACUCGCGUUUGAGGAGUCAGACAGAGGAACAUUCCACAAGGACUACUUCUCACCAUACAUUAUACCAACAGUUCCGCAUGUGCCAUGGGUGGAGAAGAACAUUCCGGUUCCACCAGGUAUUAGAGAUGAAUCAUCAUACCGCUCAAGAUGGUUUUGUGUCCUAAAGAAGAAUGGAAAGCUACAGAUCGUGCAUGACCUACAGAAAUUGAAUGCAGUUACCAUUCGGAAGGUAGGGCUUCCUCCGGUACUAGAUGACUUUGUAGAACCUUUUGCAGGAAGACAAUGUUAUACAGUGUUAGAUCUGUUUUGGGCAUUUGUUGGACAGGACCGCAGAUAUGCUACCCAGAUGUGGAAGGAAAUCCUGAAGUAG